GGGAGCUGUGGCCAGCACAACCCGCGAAGCCCUGCCGCAAGCCGCCGGGUCCCUCCCGAGCCUCCGCCGCCACGCUAGGCCCGCACCGGGGAGCCCCGGCACUUAGGGCCCGCGCCCCGCACCGCCAGGCCCGCUCCCGCAUCGCCAGGCCCGCGCUGCACCGCGCCCGGCACCGCCAGGCCCACGCUCCUCCGCGUCCCGCACCGCCAGGCCCGCGCUGCACCGCGCUCCGCACCGUCAGGCCCAGACUCCCGCCGCCUUGCUUGCUUGCUCGCUCGCUCGCUCGCAGGCCCGCGCCGCAGCCGUAGCCGCAGCCGCAGCCGCCGCCGCCAUGGCGGAAGUCCACAGACGUCAGCAUGCUCCGGUUAAAGGAGAAGCCCCCGCGAAAUCCUCCACACACAGAGAUGAGGAGGAGCUGGGGAUGGCGCCGGCCGAAACGCUAACGGUGUUCCUGAAGCUGCUUGCCGCCGGUUUCUACGGCGUGAGCUCCUUCCUCAUCGUCGUGGUCAACAAGAGCGUGCUCACCAACUACAGAUUUCCAUCCUCGCUAUGUGUUGGACUUGGCCAGAUGGUGGCCACGGUAGCGGUUCUCUGGGUGGGAAAGGCACUCAGAGUAGUCAAGUUUCCUGACUUUGACAGAAAUGUACCUCGAAAGACGUUUCCACUACCUCUACUAUAUUUUGGGAACCAAAUCACGGGACUGUUCAGCACGAAGAAACUGAACCUGCCCAUGUUUACAGUUCUGAGAAGGUUCUCCAUUCUGUUUACAAUGUUUGCCGAAGGCGCUCUACUCAAGAAGACUUUUUCUUGGGGUAUUAAGAUGACUGUAUUUGCAAUGAUCAUUGGAGCCUUUGUAGCUGCCAGCUCUGACUUGGCCUUUGAUCUGGAAGGAUAUGUUUUUAUUUUGAUCAAUGAUGUCCUGACAGCAGCAAAUGGUGCAUACGUGAAACAGAAGUUAGAUUCAAAAGAGCUUGGGAAGUAUGGUCUGCUCUAUUACAAUGCACUGUUCAUGAUUCUGCCCACCCUGGCCAUUGCGUAUUUCACAGGAGAUGCACAAAAGGCAAUGGAAUUUGAGGGCUGGGCUGACACCCUGUUCCUGCUGCAGUUCACCCUCUCCUGUGUGAUGGGGUUCAUCUUGAUGUAUGCUACAGUGCUCUGUACUCAGUACAACUCCGCUCUCACCACCACGAUAGUUGGCUGCAUUAAGAAUAUAUUAAUAACCUAUAUUGGAAUGGUCUUUGGUGGAGAUUAUAUUUUCACGUGGACAAAUUUUAUCGGCCUAAAUAUCAGCAUCGCUGGCAGCCUGGUGUACUCUUACAUCACUUUUACUGAAGAGCAGCUGAGCAAGCAGUCGGAGGCCAGCAGCAGGCUGGACACCAAGGGGAAAGGAGCGGUGUGACCACCGCAGACCCGAGGACGCCGGAGCAGCCUCACUGCGUGCGUGCGUGUGUGCGGGGAGUUAAUACUUCUUCGCAAUUGUACAACCCUGGGAUUGACUGCUGCCUUUGAAAAUUUAUUGACUGUAUGUUAACUAUGUUUGAAUUAAUUUAUAUCAGACUGGAAAAUGUACUGGGAGGAUUUUAAUUUAUUUUUUUCUCUGACAGUGAAGCAUCAGUGUUUUGAAAUCCUUUACUCUGUAGCUUGCUCUCCGGUGGCCCUGGCAGUAUAUACAAUGUGUUCAGCUAGAGCUGCCUUCCAGUGGGCCGUCCCUGGAGACAAUUUAGCUGAAAAUGCAGCUGACGAUCUGAAACUUCUCCUUUUCUUCUCCCACUUCUUCUCCUUUCUCCUCCUGCUUCUUUCUCCUCUUCUUCCUCUUCCUCCUCUUCUAUUUUUUCCUUCCUCCUCCUCCCUCCACCUUUUUAAUUGCACUGCCUUCAUAGUAUUGCAUUUGCCAAAGGUGAUAGCUGUGGUUUUAAAGCCCUGAGAUGCUCUGCAGAGUCGUGCUUUCCUAGACUCUGGUGUGAGCAGAGCGUGCCUUGGAAUGUCCGAUUCCUCUUUGUUUAGUUGGAGACCAGCAGGGGGUGAAGGAAGCCAGACCUUUACUCUCUCAUUCGGCAUUACGCUGAGUGCUGGAUUGCAGAUGCUUGGUAGUGGUCCUGCCCUAGACUGAAUGCAAGACGGAAAACUUGGUUCUCUGGCCAACUGGAAAGCUCUGGGACUGUGCACUGCUUACUUCAGGUCUCUGGAACUGCAGGUCUAUGAGAUUGGAAGCACCUGCCUUGCCUACUCCACAGCCAUGAGUCCAGAGCCCACAAGAGACUGAAGAGCUAUAUUCUGUACACCAGCAUAGCAGUGGCUCAGCCUGACCCUUCUCUUAAAGGGACAGACAGUCAGGAAACUGGCACCUCUCCCCAUGCCUUUGCAUGUGGAUGCAGUUGGUAUUCUUUGUAUUCCUGUUUGCACAUCCUUAUCUCCCGACAAGGGCCUACAUUUCUGAACUGAUUGGUGUGAGGGAAGAGCUAGGUGGGCGUCUUUGCUUUGUUGGGACUUGACCUUUUCUUGGAAGGAUCUAAGUUCCUCUCCCUGAAGUGACAUGAGGUCAGCUUUCCCCUACAGAUACAUCUACAUCUACCUGAUGAGCAUCUCAGACUGGAUGUAUCUUCCCCUUUCCUCGUUUCUGAGAGAGCCUGUGUGAGUGGACAUUGCCUAACCUGCCUCAGGAAGGAGUGCUUGCCCGAGCCAGGCGUGGCUCAGAGGCAUCACAGGCUUUGGAGGGGCUUGCUUGGGCCAGCAUGAUUGCUAGGGAAGGAAGAGGCUUGCUUUUGCCUCCUUUGGUGGUUAGCUGACCACAGGCCUUUAGCUUAUAUUUUGGUGUCUCAGUGGGGAAUAGGAGAGGUUUUUUUUUUUUCCCUCUAUUUGAAAUUUUUCAUCUGUAGGCUCCAUCUUGCAUAUAAAUUUUUUUAAGAAAGAGAUUUGCAAGUUUUUUGUAAUCUUGUAUCAAAAAUAUGUGGGAGGUUUUGGUCAGUAAUGCCGAAGCAGGCUCUCCAUGGAGUGCUAGUGAGUCACAGGGCCACUGAGGGCUUUAGGUCUGGCCUUUGCUUUCCUUGCUGGGAGCUUUUAAGUGAGUGAAGAUGUAAUGACCAGCAUAUUGGUAACCACGUGGACAAAUACAGGGGGCAGAGCCUGGCCUUAGCUGAAAGGACACAAAUGAGAGAAGUCAGCGAUUUGUAAGGAAGACCUGUCUGCAUUGAUUUCAGGCCAGCCCCUACAGAACAUGGAUUCCAUUCAGAGGUCAUGGUCCUCAGAUUUUCUUCUAGCUCAGACUAGCCACACAGCUUUUAGAACUGUCUCCCGAGUCCUCCUCUGACAGUGAUGCUCUUUCUUCCCACGUCUGUGCAAUGCUGGUUUCUCCCACAUAUAGGCUAUAAUGGAAUUUUCCUUCCCUGGGGAAAAAUACUGAGAAUGAGCGCAGUGCUCAGUUCAUACGGCGCCCAGGGCAUAUGGCACACUGCAUACGGCGCCCAGGGCAUAUGGCACACUGCAUACGGUGCCCAGGGCAUAUGACACACAGCAGACACAUAUCUGUCAUUCUUUCUUCAGUGCCAGCAGCAUAGAGCAACAUGUUUCCAAGUCUCACGAACCUGUGCUUCUUGCCUUCAGAUACUUAGGUAACAGUCUCUGCCCCCUAUCUUUUUGAAAAUACAAAACAAAAAUAUUCUCUGUAUAAUUAUAGCCACUAUGAUUCUGCUUUUUAAAAAGAGAAUUAUUUUCAUAUUAUUGUGGCAAAUAUGAAAAGGGGAAAUCUGUUUUCUGUCUCCGUGGGAGUCAGUUGCAUUUCAGUAUGGUAGCUCACUGAAGACCCCACUGUCACCCUGAGGGGGCUUCCAGGCCUUCAGCCCUCACCUCAGAGCCAAACACUGGAUCCAGCCUCUCGUAGUCUUUCACACCAUCACUUUUCUAGGCCUGCCUUCUGCUCCUGCUGCUCACAGUUCACCUUGUGGGAUGAGGAGACUCUCUAGUGUUUUCUUUUUUUAACCUUUACUUUGAAUAUAUUUUUAAAAAAGAAAUCUACUGGUUAGAUUUUAUCGUCUCACAGAAAUGUUUUUAGAGAUUAUUUUGUUCACAGAUGUUUCCUUUCAAGACCUUUGCCUACAGGUGUUCGCCUCUCACACAUCUUUUCAAUAUAGAUUCUAUUUACCAAUUGACUUAGUGUUUGUAAGAGGUACUGACUGAGCACUGAGGUAUGUAAAUCAGGUGACAGAAACAUGGAAAAUCAUGUGCCUAACUAUUUUUUUAAUGAUGUCAAAUAAAUACUUUUUCUGGAAAA